AUGUAUAUGAAAUCAUCCAUCAUCGUUCUUGCUGCUAUUGCAGAGUUGGCUUUCGGUCACGGUGCCAUUGUCAAGGCUGUUGGUGACCAGGGUGGAGAGGGAACGGCUCUUGGUGUUGUUGCAACCACUCCUCGUGACGGAUCAAAGAGAGACCCAGAUCAACAAGAUUCCACCCGAUUCAAGAACGCCGCCGCUGAUGCUUGCGGAGAGACUCUUGGUGGCGGAACCAACGAUCCAGCUACCCAAGUUCCUCAGAUGCUCGCUGCCAACGGCGGCAACAUGCCUCAGAUCUCCCAGGGUGGAAUGGUCAUGAUGACUCUCCACCAGGUCAACGGUGACGGUGCUGGUCCCUACAGCUGUAUGAUUGAUUCCACUGGCACCGGUGCCCAGUGGACCAACAUGCAAGUCGCUACCAACGUUCCUGGCAAAAACUCCCGAAGCAACGCCAAGGCCACUGACUUCCCUCUCACCGCCAAGGUCGCUGCUGACCAAGAGUGCACUGGUACCGCCGGUGGCAUGACUGGUGUCUGCAUGGUCCGAUGCAACAACGAUGCCAACGCUGGUCCAUUCGGUGGAUGUGUCCCAGUCCAGAUGGUUUCUGGCAACGCCACUGCCGCAGCCAAGAAGACCAGACGUACCCUCAAGUUCGCCGUCUAA